AUGGCCGAUUUUGGCCACACAACAAGAUCACUUUCACCAGUUGACUACAGUCACAGCGACUCGCGAGCGACGUCGCUUUUUUUCCCUGGAAAUCUAAAGGAGGAACAUUCGGAAAACAAAAAUAUUAAAAACGGUUCAUGCGAAGACUGUUUAGACGACUCGCCAAAAUCUAAGGUAAAUUCAACGCAGGGAAAUACACCUUUGGAGCAAACAAAACUUAAUUUCACGAGAGAUUCAGAGAACUCCAUGUUUCACGAUUUUGCAGCAUCGACCACGUUUUGGUCGCCAGCCACCGUAGAGGAUGUAUUUGUACAACCCGGCGCAAUUCCACAGCCAGUAAACGGCAUUCAUUUACCCUCCAACACUCCGGUUAUAACCCAGCCACGAAGAUUAAAUGGGCCGACGAAUAUGACGGCAACAAUGAACCAUCAGCCAAGAAGACCGAUUCCUCAUAACUCGGCGUUUAUAACGCAAAACAAAUCAAUGCCUACUAUAACAAGUUUAGGGGGAUGGAAUCAACAGACCCCGCCAUCCAUUUCAGGCUGGCCUUCACAACAACAAAACUCGUGGGGAAGUCGGCCUUCAAACCACACACUGAACGCCAUAAAUUUCCCACAUGGAAGAAAUUCUAGGCCUUCUUCGUUAACACUUCCAAGCUCUUCGCGAAUGCGAAAUCAUCAUCGUCUAAACCCUACGUUUCCUCCUGUUUCAAGAUCGACCAUCUCAACACAGAGCAUAACGCAGGGAUUACAAAGUUUGAGUCUGAAUCGGCAACCCGUGGACGGUACGAUUUUGGAUGAUAUCCCUAGCCUUGGAAAUUCACAUGGCCAAAACAACGAGCUUUCAAACUCCCUUUACUCGUAUCAGGAUUCAAUGAAAUUUCCAUCUUUGGAGACCCGUUUACUUGAUAUAAUUCGUUCUCCUUCGGAUCCUCCAGAUAACUUAAGCGCCUUCAAGUAUCAUCUGCAAAAGAAAGGAAUUUCUCACGCAGGAGAUCAAAUUGUACCAUCAAUAUGGUCUCUUAGUUGCUCUCCAACAUCGGAUUUGCCGGAUCAUAUCGAGCGUUACUCGAGGAAAGUAUUUGUUGGAGGACUGCCUCCAGACAUUGAUGAAGAUGAGAUUCACGCCAGUUUCUGUCGGUUUGGUAGUUUGACUGUAGAUUGGCCUCACAAAGCAGAGAGCAAGUCAUACUUUCCUCCCAAAGGUUAUGCAUUUCUGCUGUACCUGGAGGAGCAAUCGGUGCAGAAACUAAUCGACGCCUGCUUCCAGCAAGAUGACAAACUCUACCUGUGUGUGUCCAGUCCUACUAUUAAAGACAAACCCGUUCAGAUAAGACCUUGGAAUCUGAAUGAUUCAGAUUUUGUCAUGGACGGUUCACAUCCACUUGACCCAAGGAAAACAAUUUUUGUCGGUGGAGUGCCUCGCCCAUUGAGAGCAUUAGAGCUGGCCAUGAUAAUGGAUCGGCUGUAUGGAGGAGUCUGUUAUGCUGGGAUAGAUGUAGAUCCUGAACUGAAAUAUCCUAAGGGUGCUGGUCGAGUGGCCUUCUCCAAUCAACAAAGUUAUAUUGCCGCUAUCAGUGCCAGAUUUGUGCAGCUGCAACAUGGCGACAUAGAUAAAAGAGUUGAAGUCAAGCCAUAUGUUUUGGAUGAUCAGUUGUGUGACGAGUGUCAUGGCGCCCGGUGCGCAGGUAAAUUUGCACCAUUUUUUUGCGCAAAUGUCACGUGCCUGCAGUACUAUUGCGAACAGUGCUGGGCACUCAUACACUCCAGGCAAGGACGGGAAUUUCACAAGCCUCUGGUCAAGGAAGGCGCUGACCGACCAAGAACCGUUCCAUUUAGGUGGUAAAGAAAUAUAGUUAAUUCAAGUAAAUAUCAACUCGAUUCCAAGUUGAUAAGAAUUUCUUUAUCCAGUUAGAGAGCAAAUACCAUCUUGAAUUGGAUGAAAAAAUCUGCUUAAUCAAAUUGUUGUGAUUAGUAAACUCAGGUAUGCUUUGUCUUUCCUUUCUCUCUUACUUCUUCACUACUGUGUGGUCUAUGAUGUAAAUGUUAAUUGGAGUUGAGUUAGUGAGAGGAAAGUAUAUAAUAGAAUUGGUGUCAGGUAAUCGAGGUUGUCGUUUACGAAGGAAGCAUUUUGCUUGGUAGAAAUUCACUCCAAAACGCCGAGUGGACUCUCAGUUUAUGUGUUUAAAUUUCACAAUUAACUUCAAUUUGAAAGUGAAGAAUUUUUCAAGAAUAUUUCGGAAUGUGCGGGAGGUUUCCUUUUCCAUUUUAGUAGUUUAACACUUUUAUCGAGUACUAAAUUUUAAUUUUUUAACCGAAGAGAAAAUUGCAUACUUUGAACGAGUAGAGUUAUUUUAUUUAACGAGUUAUAACUACAUGAAAUUAAAAUAUUAUUGCUAAUAGAAUUGUAAAUACCAGCUGAAAAACAAAAUUAAAUUUCAGCGAAGAAAGAUAAGUUGUAAACUUACGCAAAGAUUAUGCCUUGGUGCGAAGAGGGAAUUUUUUUUCUGGAGUUUAAUUUUGUAGAAUGUUUAGUAAUGACUCAUGGGAGAAUUACCAUUGUUGAAAUAGUUUUAGAUAUGGGCAGGACUACUGUUAAAAACGAACAAACAAACAAAAAAAAAAAUACUUCUAAGUCAAAUAAAGAAGGGGCGGGGUGGGGAGGAUGGGGGGCAGUAUGCAAAUUCUUCACUGAGCCGGAGUGCAAAACCAAGACAUCACGACAAUCGGAUUGAAAUGGAUUAAAUAGCCUGUAUAUUUUUUGUUUCCGUUAUUUCAAAACAACACAAUUGUGAUGAGAAAUAAUGAUUGGUUUUUUAAACCGUACUAUCGAUGUUGGAUAAUGAAUAACACAGUGAUAAAUUGAAACGGAGAAAUCAUUCUACUUUGUUUCGAGAGGAUAAAGCUAUUAUCUUUUAUCUUUUGUUCAAAAGGGCAGAACUUUUUUAUAGAUUUUAUAUUUACUUCAAAUAAUAUAUGAAAUGAGUUUAAUUUUGGAAACAUUUAGUUUUAGAAGAUGAUAAAAUCAGUUUGAGAAAUAUCAAUUCAUACAAUUUAAGGGUUGCUUGUUCGCGUGGCAGAAAGUGACAAUCGUGUGCUGCUGGGAAAAAAAGAUACUGUUCUAAUUAGGCUUCAAACUUUAAAGCAUAUCAGAACACUUGCAAUUUGUACCAUUUUUACCAGUUACACCUGAGACCUGAUGACCCAAACUAUAUCAAUGUAAUUUCACACGCACAACAUGCUAAUUGGCUUUAGAUGUUACAUUCGUUACAAUUUUUGUUUUGUACAAAACAGAUUAUUUGCUCAAGAUUUUUAAAGGUUCUAUAAACGUACUUCUUCAAAAUUUGUCAAGAAGACUUUUUACAUUUAAAAUUUCGUAGCAAAGGGAUCAGUGACGACGUCACGAUUGAGUACAAUAAAUUGCUCUCACAAUGAUUUGCUAUUCAAGUAUUUUUGAAAUUGUCCAUCCUUUUGUAAUUUUAAUAGGCUUUAACUUGUAUGCACGUUUACCUCGUUCGGUGACUUGAAAACUAUCUGCCACGCAAACAUCAUCUCUGAAUUUGAUAAGUUACACCUUUUCACUUAUUCUAGCUCGUACAAAUGUAUAAUAAUAUUUUUUGCUUUAUUUAUGCAUGUUAUUCGCUAUCUCAGAGUGUAAGGUUUAUAAGUUAUUAGAACCUGUGUGGGCAUCAUCUACACGAGAAAAAAAGUGCCUGGUUAAGGACUUCCUCCAAAAAAGGUAACAAUUAAUGAAAAUUAAUGGUAGCACCACAGCUAGAUCUCACAAGAAGUGUAAUAUCCUAAUGUUUUUAGACUGUUCUUGAAGACUAUCAUUAAUUAAUCUUUUUUCAGUUUCAAUAAUUACACCAUACCACAUACGAAUCAAGACUGACUAGAUUGCUUUCCCUCCAACUAUCCCAAAACUAAUAUCUUUUUUAUGCCUUGAGGCAAUAUCUUUCGAGCUAACUAUUACCAUUUUCCACCAUGCAAGAAAUGUAUGAAAUAUUUAUAGAUCACUUCACUUAGAAAAUGCUACUUUAUUUCUACUUAAGAAAAAGGUAAGAUAUAUCUUUGGGAUAAAAUAUUAUAUUAAUGACGUUUGAAAAGAAAGCCUUGUGUAGAGUGGGUGCAUUAGUUUUCCUUUUACUUUACUUGUUCUUAAUUUGUUUCCCUCCCACAGACAACACACGGUCUGAGCAAGUAGCUUUAUUUAUACACUCAGUAAGACAUAACUGCAUUAAUUUUCACUAACAGUAAAUACUAGUAAAGAAUAACAAUGAUUAACUAUGCUAGGUCUGAGGGCGAGUUUGUGGGCUUUCAAAACUGAUUUAAGCACAAAAGCCUAAGCUUUGUUUUUCACAAAGGUUGUAGCCGGAGAAAAGAAAUUAAACGUAAUUUCCAUACGAUUAACAAGCUUAAGCAUACACGCUACGCUAGCUAUCCUUAAUAGUAUUGUAGACUACGCCAUACAUUUGAUAUUUUCUUAUCAUUUACGUGGUUGCACCCAACCAAAUUAAUUCGAAGAAACGUCUGUCUUAACCAAGAAAGUUUUCCCUAAAACGGGUCUGAAUCGAGGUGAAAACCAUGAAAUAAUUUGAAAUAAAAGUAUCCUCACCAUCAAAUAUAUAAUUACUGGUAGCGAAGCAACUAUUGUACCAUGAGAAACGGAAAUAAAACUAUGAAAUUACAAACGUAGGAACUGUAAAGUAGUUAGAAGAGGUUGAUGAAUAAAGAACAAUAAAAUUUAUCUUAAGUCAUAUCAAAGAAGGGAAGAAAAUGCCCGUUUUAGCCUAGUUAAUAGUGUAGAAAUCAAAGACCUAGUAGAAAUGAUGACUUUUAACGAGCAAGGCUUAGUAGGUAAAUGAAACGAAAAUGGUUGAUGAUAAAACCUUCAGUAACUAGACUUAAAUGGUUUUUAAAAACUAAUUUUCACAAAGAAAACGAGUAUUCUGUUGAGAAAAGAAUUCUUUAUUUUCAUAUGGUUUGCCAGUUUUCAUUGACCUGUCAUCUUUACAUUGAAGUUUAGAUUAGAGUAACGGAUUCCUUCAGAGGGAAAAGUAAACAAUUCUUUGGAAAAAGGCUGCAGGGAUUUUUUUUUCAUUUUUUACAACUAUUUUCUUAGUUUCAGUACAAGUAAGUUAAGCUGAUUUUGUUUUUAAAUUUUGCAUAUUUUACUAGCAUUUGGAAGUAAUUGUUUUAUGUACCAUGAAAUAGAAACAAUGCGACACAAAAUCCAAUUGACAUUAUUUAUCACUAGGACGCAAUUUUAAAAACCUCAUAUGAUGCAUGCCGGUUUUAUAACUGAUGCUAUUUUCAAAACGUAUUUUGACCUCUGCAUUAUAGAUCUUACAGGUUAAUGAUAAUUAUUUUAAGAUCUCUUUAAUUUUGUAUUCAAACAUUUGUAGUAUGUAUUUAAGAAUUCUUUGUUUCAGGUAUCUGUAAAUUCAUAAUUCUGCAACCGAGGUAUAAAGUAAAUUUUAUAAUUGAAUAUUUUGGUUAUAUAUGGUCAAUAGCGGAAUAGAAAAAGUGAUCUUGAUGAUUGGAGGUAGCCUGGAGUUUCCCCAGUAGCUACUUUUUUAGUAUUAAGGGCAUUUAUGUGUUACAAUGUAUGUAACGCCGUUUGCUUCAUCCAUUAAAGUUCAAAUAAAUUAACUCU